UGGCAUUGCGAUUUGUGGUUAUCGAUUGCCCACAUUCAGUUUCCUUUUUCUUUUGUGAGCCGUAUCAAAGUGCCCUUCGUUUGAACCAACAGCUGCGGCGUUAGUUGAGAACGCAUGGAACUUUAAUUGCUAUCAUCCAUAUUUUAUUAAUCUCUGGCAAUUAGUGAACGGAUUCGCAAACGCAUAUAUCUAUAAAAAAACUCAUCCCUUAACUCAGUAUUAUCUUUUUUUUUUAGUGGGAGAACAACGUACCUAUUUGUAAAAUUUCCUCAAUUUCAUUGAUGAAUGACUGGAUUUACCUUGUACACUCUCCUGGCUUUCGUGUAUACCUUUUGCAAAUGCCCCUUUAAUUUACAAAAUGUAUCAUAUAAACCUGUACCUGCACCUGUAGCAUUUAUAGUCUUUGUAAUCAUUUUCCUGUUUGAAUUUGUGAAUGUUUAGUGAUUUCUAGUAGCUUCAACAUGAUUAUCUUUGUAAUUAAAAUUUAUCUUUAAAUUAUUAUAAAAUAUAGUCCUCUUUGUAGUUGGUGGGCAUCUAUUUCAUUCAGUUACAUUCCUCUCUAAAUCUCCCCAGCCUUUUCCAGGUCCAGAUUCCUAGUUUUGUCCUACUUUGUAUCUUCUUGGAGCUUAAUCCAUAGACUAUUUUCAGAAAACUCCCAAAAUUACAGUUUAUUACCAAUUUUUGUAGUCCAUGUAAAUACCUACUCUGUAUUGUCUCUCUAUCCUGUUGCUUCCUCGAAUGAGACCGAAAUGCUUCAGUAAUUAUUUCCAAUGGUGCGAGAUUGUAAUAUUGAUAGAUUAAAUUAAUAAUCUGCUCGUAUUCCAUUUCUUCUGGUAAUGCGGGCGCCACUUGGUUACACAGUGACACAACGACUCGUAACCCAUGUAAUGAAAUAUAGGUAGUAUCAUUGAAUUUAAAAGUUAUAAAUUCAAUGGCAGUAUGUCUUCAUAUUGUCUGCGUGCAAAAAACUCCCUAAAACACUAAAUCCUGGCAAAUAAAGAAAUAUAAAAUACAGAUGUCUAUUAGUUAUUUUUAAUCAUAUUAAUGAUUUGUGUUCUUAUUUAGAUCACUGUUAGGUUACACUUAAUGAUCUCCUCUACAAUGUUAUCGCCCUCAAUGCAAGAAAAAGAAGGAAAACCUACUCCUCAAUACGGAGAGACAGUGAAAGCAUCUGGAAAAGAAAAUAAAGUAGUGUGGAGGAACGUAAUUCUGUUUACAUUGCUACAUAUUAGUGGACUUUACGGUCUUUACCUAUGUUUCUUUUUGCGUUCGUGGUACACUUUUUUUUGGGCGACUUUGAUUGGUCUCAUAUCAGGACAAGGAAUAACAGCCGGUGCACAUAGGCUAUGGGCUCACCGAACCUACAAGGCUAGACUGAUGUUAAGAAUCACUUUGAUGAUUGCGCAAACUCUAGCGCUACAAACCUACAUCUAUGAAUGGGUUCGGGAUCACAGAGCUCAUCACAAGUUUACGGAAACUGAUGCCGAUCCGCAUAACUCCAAUCGUGGAUUCUUCUUUUCGCAUAUUGGUUGGUUAAUGGUGAAACGUCAUUCAGAGGUUAAACGAAAGGGAAAGACGAUAGAUAUGAGCGACCUGGAAGCAGAUCCAGUUGUUCGAUUUCAGAGAAAGUACUACAUAAUAUUAGUUACCGUCUUGUGCCUAUUCAUUCCGACAUUUGUGCCAUGGUAUUUCUGGAAUGAGGACAUUUGGGUCUCUUGGUUCACAACAACAAUGUUUCGGCUUUGUGUAUCUUUACACAUUACAUUUAUGAUCAACAGUGUGGCUCACAUAUGGGGAACUAAACCAUACGAUAAAACGUCUGGAGCUGUUGAAAAUGUGCCCCUAGCCUUUCUCGCACAUGGUGAAGGUUGGCACAACUAUCACCAUGUAUUUCCUUGGGAUUAUAAAACUGGGGAAUUGGGUGGUUAUCGCUUAAAUACAACAACUAUGCUAAUCGACUUUUUCGCAAAAAUUGGAUGGGCGUACGAUUUGAAGACGGUAUCGAUUGAGACUAUAGAAAAAAGAGCGCAGCGUACGGGUGAUGGAUCGAGGAUCGCUGUUACCAAAUGUGCUGUAGACAAUGUAGACAAUCACCAUACAAAUGUUUGGGGGUGGGGCGAUACAGAUAUGAAAGAGCAAGAUAUAGAUGAUGUAAAGUACCACAACCAGCUGAAAGAAGAUUAACCACAUUUAUUAUGAUAUUUCAUAAUACCCAGAAACGUACCAUCAAACCAGGCGUUUGUCUUUGUUAUGUUUCUUCAAAAGAUAGUAGUUAUUUUGUUCGUGUCACGAGAUUCAUCUUGGUUACUCAAAUUUUCUCUCUCUCUCAGCAUAUUGCAAAAAAUAUUUCACUUCUAUGUUGUUAGUUUGUACCAUGGUGUAAGGGAUUGCCGCUAAGUGUUUUAAUGCAAUACGUAGUUUAUAUCAAUUUUACAAUUUAAUUUCAUACUUGGAAUGUUGGAAUUAGUAUUUAAAAUAUGCCUUCUUCUAUGUAAGACUGUAUCUAAUUUGGCACAUCAAAUAGAAAUUUGGUACUCUUAGAGAAUUUAGAACAGUUCUAUAGAACGAUAA